ACUACAUACUAAAAAUUAAAUAGGGGUGACCUAGGAAAGAUCUUGACAAAAAUUAGUUUUCCAAUAACAUUAAAGAAGAUUUCUUAAUCCAUGUGAAAAACGAAACAAGCCUAUAUAAUUGGGACGGGGGGAGUAUAUUUUUGGCCCUUGGAUAUAUUUAAGAAGAGAUUGAUAUGGAUUUUGCUACAUGAUGUAUAUAAUUCAAAGUAAACGGGUUAUUCGUAAUGGAGUUGAGCCAUAUGGCUAUUAAAUAAUAUAAGAUAAGAUUAAACAUUCAACUUAUUUUGAUUAAGUAAAUAGAUAUUCAAGUUGAAGAUCAUGAAUAAUGCCACCCCAGCUGAUGUUGCACUAUAUAUAUAUAUAUAUUCCUUAUCAGGGUCAGCAAUCAUUUUCAUGCUCGUGUAGAGAGAGGAAUGAUUUUCGGUAGUCAAUGAAUGUGAAGGAUUGGAAAUGGAGAAAGCUAUAGCUGACUAAUUCCAAACAUACCAUUUCAUUUCUAACCAAAAUCCAUUUCUGUGUUUCCUUGAACUUUUCUCAAUAUGGGAUCCUUCCUAUUCUUCAUCACAUUUUUAUCCUUGUUAUCGGCACUCGUAUAUGGUAUUUCCUAUACAGAAUUUGCAUACCCAAAUUUAACUGCUUCAAAUUUCAAAUUUGUAGAUGCUUCUGGGAGUUUUUUGUUCUCCCGUAAUGGAACAUUUAAAGCAGCUAUAUUUAAUCCCGGUGCACAGCAAAUCAGGUUCUACUUGUGUGUCAUCCACGUGGAAUCCAACGCCAUUAUCUGGUCUGCAAAUCGCGAUAUGCCCAUUUCGAAUUCAGGGAUCAUGAGUUUGACUGCGAAUGGUAUAGUUUUAAGUGAACAAGAUGGAAGUUUGAAAUGGUCUACGCCACGGUUGCAAUCUUCAGUAUCUGUCCUACAGCUUGCAGAGACUGGAAAUCUCGUCUUGCUUGAUCAAUACAACGAGACUCUAUGGGAGAGCUUUGGUAAUCCAACUGACACAAUUGUGAUUGGACAGAAAUUGAAAGUCGGGACGCUGCUGUCCAGUGGAACAUCAAGCGAUGAUUUGUCAACCGGUAGUUAUGCUCUUGCUGUAACUACAUCUGAUGCCACUUUGCAGUGGCAGGCUCUCACAUACUGGAAAUUAUCUAUGGAUACCGCUGCUUAUACAAACCCAAAUUACGCUGUGGACUACAUGGCAGUUAACCAAACGGGUCUCUAUUUGUAUGGUUCUAAUGGUUCUGUAGUGGUGGUUCAGCUGAACUUGCCCCCAUCUAACUUUCGGAUUGCCAAGCUUGACAUAUCUGGCCAGUUCAUCGUCUGUAGCUUCACAGGAGCUGACCAAAAUUUGAACUUUGUAGGGCCGGUUGACGAAUGUCGAAUCCCAUAUAUUUGUGGGAGGCUUGGUUUGUGCACAAAUGGUAUUUCAUUAAAUAAUCCCAUGUGCUCUUGUCCAUCAAGCUUCCAUGGUAGUUCAAAUAAUACAACUAACUGUGUUCCAGGCAAUAAUUCUUACUCAUUGGCAGUUUCUUGUAAGACAGCAAAUAACAGCAAUCAUAUGAAUCCUUCAUCUUUAUCUUAUAUACGGCUUGGGUACAAUGUGGACUAUUUCGCUAAUGAUUUUACUGUACCUGCCAAGUAUGGGGUAAAUUUAUCGGCAUGUGAAGAUCUGUGCUCGGGUGAUUGUGCUUGCUUAGGAAUUUUCUAUGAUAAUUCAUCUGGUUCUUGUUACGUAAUUGAAAACGAACUAGGAUCAGUUGUCUUGAGGACCAAGAGUAACGGCCGGCUAGGAUUUAUUAAAACCAUUUUCUUAGCUUCACAUACAAAUCUUGGCAGUGACAAGGAUUUUAGUAAUGAUGCACAAGGAUUUCCUACAGCUGCUGUAGUACUGUUACCAUUAUCUGGUCUUAUCCUUGUAAUUGUAAUUGGAAUAUUUUUGUGGAGAAGAUCAAAGCUUCCCAAAUUAGUGGAGGAGAAAUCAAAUCACUCAACCUUCCCCUUUUCUGGUGAUCUUGAAUUUUCUAUCCCGGGAUUACCCUUAAGAUUUGACUAUGAAGAGCUUGAGAGAGCAACUGAGAAUUUCCAGACUCAGAUUGGAACUGGUGGAUUUGGAGCUGUAUACAAGGGUAUGCUCCCUGAUAAAACAUUUAUUGCAGUAAAGAAGAUCAAUAAUUUGGGUGUUCGAGGGAAGAAGGAUUUCUGCACUGAGAUUGCAAUCAUUGGAAAUAUUCACCAUGUGAACUUGGUGAAGUUAAAAGGCUAUUGUGUGCAAAGAAGACAAUGGCUAUUGGUUUACGAGUACAUGAAUCGUUGGUCACUAGACAAAACCCUCUUUGGUAACGGACCGGUCUUAGAAUGGCAAGAGAGAGUUGAAAUUGCAGUUGGAGUGGCACGUGGGCUUGCAUACUUGCACAGCGGGUGUGAAAAAAAGAUUAUCCAUUGUGAUGUAAAGCCUGAGAACAUUCUCCUGCACGAUAAUUUCCAGGCAAAAAUAUCUGAUUUUGGGCUGUCAAAGCUUCUAAGCCCCGAACAGUCCAGCAUGUUCACAACAAUGAGAGGCACUCGUGGUUAUCUUGCCCCCGAAUGGCUUACAAGCUCCUCAAUCACAGAUAAAACUGAUGUUUAUAGUUUUGGAAUGGUACUGCUUGAGAUUGUAAGUGGAAGAAAAAACUGCUCAUUUAGAGCACAAAGUCAUAGCCUUGACGAAAAUCAUAGUGCUGGUGGCCAUUCGUCAUCUUCGUCUAUACAGGAGCUCAUUUAUUUCCCGCUAUAUGCAUUGGAGAUGCAUGAAAAAGGGCGGUAUUUAGAACUUGCGGACCCCAGACUACAUGGUCGAGUUACUAAUGAAGAGGUUGAGAAGUUUGUGCUUGUGGCAUUGUGUUGUGUUCACGAGGAGCCCGGUCUGAGGCCAAAUAUGGUAAGUGUUGUUGGGAUGUUGGAGGGUAAUUUACCUUCAAGUCAGCCGAGAAUUGAAUCGUUGAACUUUUUGCAAUUUUAUGGGCGUCGUUUUACUGAGGCUUCAAUGGUAGAAGAAACCGGAGUUCAAGAUGGGGUUACGCUGUAUCAAGAAUCAAAUGCUUCUCAUACUAGCACGAAGACAGUUUAUGGUACACGUUUCUCUUAUGUAUCAUCACAGCAAAUAUCGGGCCCUAGAUAGUUGAAAAUAAGCCAAAAGUAAAUCGCUAGUCCUUACUUUUCCUGGAUGAAAAUGGUGUCUGGGAUGGGUGACACACGGAAAUUAUUACGCUUUAUACGCUCGCUUUCAGGACAUCACGUCCGGCAUAAGUUGCACUCGGGGAUGAUAGUUACUUCUAUCAGGAAAACAGAUCAGUUAUGCUAUUUUUGCAUUUGAUAUUAGUUUGCUAGUGCUGUUCGUGCAGCAUCUGAGUUGAUUGUUGGAAGCUUUCCUGGUAUUUAUAAUUUGAUUCGAUUUUGUAGUUCAAAUAAUCCUGUAUCUCGAGGUAUCUGGAAUAGUAAUAAUUGGUGAAACAAAAACUUGUACAUAUUAUUGAAGCAAUUCCAAUUUUUCAACGUGCUAAAAUGAAAGUCUUUGUAACAUUUCGAGGUUGGAUAGAAAAU